GAUGAAGUGUUACAAGAAAGUGAAAUGAGACAACAGGAUAUGAUAUCACACGAUGAACUCAUGGUUCAUGAGGAGACAGUGAAAAAUGAUGAAGAACAGAUGGAAGCACAUGAAAGACUUCCUCAAGGACUUCAGUAUGCACUUAAUGUCCCUAUAAGUGUAAAGCAGGAAAUUACUUUUACUGAUGUAUCUGAACAACUGAUGAGAGACAAAAAACAAAUCAGAGAGCCAGUAGACUUACAGAAAAAGAAGAAGCGGAAACAGCGGUCUCCUGCAAAAAUCCUUACAAUAAAUGAGGAUGGAUCACUUGGUUUGAAAACCCCUAAAUCUCACGUUUGUGAGCACUGCAAUGCUGCCUUUAGAACGAACUAUCACUUACAGAGGCAUGUCUUCAUUCAUACAGGCGAAAAACCAUUUCAAUGUAGUCAAUGUGACAUGCGUUUCAUACAGAAGUACCUGCUACAGAGACAUGAGAAGAUUCAUACUGGUGAAAAACCAUUUCGCUGUGAUGAAUGUGGUAUGAGAUUCAUACAAAAAUACCAUAUGGAAAGGCAUAAGAGAACUCACAGUGGAGAAAAACCUUACCAGUGUGAAUACUGUUUACAGUAUUUUUCCAGAACAGAUCGUGUAUUGAAACAUAAACGUAUGUGCCAUGAAAAUCAUGACAAAAAACUAAACAGAUGUGCCAUCAAAGGUGGCCUUCUGACAUCUGAAGAAGAUUCUGGCUUUUCCACAUCACCUAAAGAUAAUUCACUGCCAAAAAAGAAAAGGCAGAAAACUGAGAAGAAAUCAUCUGGUAUGGACAAAGAGAGUUCUUUGGAUAAAUCUGACCUGAAGAAAGACAAAAAUGAUUACUUGCCUCUUUAUUCUUCAAGUACUAAAGUAAAAGAUGAGUAUAUGGUGGCAGAGUAUGCAGUUGAAAUGCCACAUUCUUCAGUUGGGGGAUCUCAUUUAGAAGAUGCAUCAGGAGAAAUACACCCACCAAAGUUGGUUCUCAAGAAAAUUAAUAGUAAGAGAAGUCUGAAACAGCCACUGGAGCAAAAUCAAACAAUUUCACCUUUAUCUACAUAUGAAGAGAGCAAAGUUUCAAAGUAUGCAUUUGAACUUGUGGAUAAACAAGCUUUACUGGACUCAGAAGGCAAUACUGACAUUGAUCAGGUUGAUAACUUGCAAGAGGGACCCAGUAAACCUGUGCAUAGUAGUACUAAUUAUGAUGAUGCCAUGCAGUUUUUGAAGAAGAAGCGGUAUCUUCAAGCAGCAAGUAACAACAGCAGGGAAUAUGCACUGAAUGUGGGUACCAUAGCGUCACAGCCUUCUGUAACACAAGCAGCUGUGGCAAGUGUCAUUGAUGAAAGUACCACAGCAUCCAUAUUAGAUUCACAAGCACUAAAUGUGGAGAUUAAGAGUAAUCAUGACAAAAAUGUUAUUCCCGAUGAGGUACUGCAGACUUUGUUGGAUCAUUAUUCCCAUAAAGCUAAUGGACAGCAUGAGAUUUCCUUCAGUGUUGCAGACACUGAAGUGACUUCUAGCAUAUCAAUAAAUUCAUCAGAAGUACCAGAAGUCACCCAGUCAGAGAAUGUUGGAUCAAGCUCCCAAGCAUCCUCAUCAGAUAAAGCCAACAUGUUGCAGGAAUACUCAAAGUUUCUGCAGCAGGCUUUGGACAGAACUAGCCAAAAUGAUGCCUAUUUGAAUAGCCCGAGCCUUAACUUUGUGACUGAUAACCAGACCCUUCCAAAUCAGCCAGCAUUCUCUUCCAUAGACAAGCAAGUCUAUGCAACCAUGCCCAUCAAUAGCUUUCGAUCAGGAAUGAAUUCUCCACUAAGAACAACUCCAGAUAAGUCCCACUUUGGACUAAUAGUUGGUGAUUCACAGCACUCAUUUCCCUUUUCAGGUGAUGAGACAAACCAUGCUUCUGCCACAUCAACACAGGACUUUUUGGAUCAAGUGACUUCUCAGAAGAAAGCUGAGGCUCAGCCUGUCCACCAAGCUUACCAAAUGAGCUCCUUUGAACAGCCUUUCCGUGCUCCAUAUCAUGGAUCCAGAGCUGGAAUAGCUACUCAAUUUAGCACUGCCAAUGGACAGGUGAACCUUCGGGGACCAGGGACAAGUGCUGAAUUUUCAGAAUUUCCCUUGGUGAAUGUAAAUGAUAACAGAGCUGGGAUGACAUCUUCACCAGAUGCCACAACUGGCCAGACUUUUGGCUAAAAAAAAAAAAAAAAUGUAAAUAAUAUUGGCACUUUAGAACAGAUUAAUCAAGAGUGGGGUUACUCUGUGUAAAAUGGAGUGCUGUACAGAUUUAAGAGCAAUGCGUUAUAACAAGUUAAGCUGAUAUGAAUAGCAAGAUAAUCCCAUAACUACGUUUUGUUUGGUUAGUCAGCAUUCUUUGAACUGCCUUACAUGUUGUCACCUUUAUAGAAGCAAUGCAUAUACUUGUUUUAGAUCAGAAACUUGCUAUUCCACCUUCACCAAGUUAAAAAGGAGAAAAAAAAAAAAAGACUUUCGCACAAUUGUUUCCUAACUGAUAACAUUGUACAUUCUUAGGAGAUUAGUAAUUGUGUGAAAUUUACUCAUACUGUUUCUAAGUUUUUCAGCAUAGUCAUUGCACUUCAGCAGGGAAUCUGAGUAUACUUUACAGACAGAGUGAACUUAAAGUUUAAAUGUCAAGAGAUUAUGGCUUAAAUACAUUAGUUUGUCCUAUAGGGGGAAAAAAAAAGAAGAAAACCACCUUUCAAAAAGAAUGAUAUGCCAUAUACCCUUGAUUUUCAUUUUGCAUUAUAUUGACGUGUUUUUUUGAAGAAAAAAAAGUAAUAAAAAUCUGAUAGUCUAAGACUCCACUAUUUAAAAGCCUAAUUACUUUUAAUAUAUGCAUACUUUCAAAACUUUUACCAAAAUACACAACUGUUGAAACAUUCACUUCUCUAUGGAAGUAUGCAUAUUGGUGUCAGUUUCUUUGUACAGUUGUACCUAGAUAUUUUUUUAUGAUUUUUUUCAUGUGCAAGUAUCAAGGUUUUGAAGUUUUAGUAAAAAAUAUUCUGUAGAUUACAUUCCCAAGAACAUAAUGCUUACACAAUGUAUAUUCCACAUUUUAAAUCUUAAUUGUAUUUUACUUUACAUAUACACUUCAGUUAACAUAGAGCACUUAGAAUCUAUUUGGUUUUUGAUUUCUCAAAAGUGAAAAAAUUAGAGUUUUAGGUUUGAUAUGGUUGUGUCAUAAUCAUCUCAUAAUUGACAAUUUUAAUUUGGGGCAAUAAAAGGAAAUUGGGUUAUCUUUGGAACUGUAAAACUUGGUUUAAUCCUUCUCUUUCAAGACUCUUGGAUUAUUAAACAGUGUCCAGAGAAACAAGAAAUGGGCUUUUUAAUUGUUUAUUUUAUCUUGAGUUACUUUUUAAUGAACACUGCUCAUUACAGUUUUACAAACCAAAAGUGUUUACUAACUCCAGUAACUACAAUUUCUUUUUCAGCUAGAUGAGUGACCGAAAAUUUUUUGUUGCAUUUCAAAAUCUAAAUAAACUACAGACUUUAUCCUUAUACCAUGAAUGUUUUUUUUUUAAUACUUUGUCUUAAAAUAAUACAGCAUGGUACAAUAAAUAGUACUUUUAUAUAUAUACUUUUCUGAAGAAUGAUGGUUCAAGUUACACAUUGGACAGUUCUGAUUUUUGGAGCGUAACAGUCAUAUUGAUGCUAUCAUCCUCUUUAAUUUGUUCCAACUUUUUGGUUUUUGUAUUUUAAAUUUCCGCCAUCUUUGUCACAAUGCACGUACUGAUAUAUAGCACCAGUGGUAACCUAAAAUUAAUGUCUUUGGAAGAAGAAGCUGUUAAUUUCCAUUUUAACUUUUAUAUUGGUCCUGUAGGUCUACAUUCUUUGUUUCAGUAUAGAAUAUGUUAUCCAUUUAAAUUAUUUUUGUCUCUUAUUUAAUGUUAUCCCAAGACUGUUCUCAUAAAGAAAGGGAACAAAGAAAUAUCCCCUCCAACAUUCUUCAUUUAUAUUCAUUUAUUUUGAAUAUAUUGGUGUUUUUAUGUUAAGGAAUAUAAAUUAUGUUUAAUGUGGUUUCCUCUACACUUUGGUUAUUAAGCUUUGUUUGAAAUACUAGUUUUCCCAUUUGACAGCUUUCUUUGCUGCCAAAGUUUUCAAUAAUUUAGACUUCUUUGAAGUAAAUAUUUAAGUUCUGCCAUUAUUGACCUUAAGAUUGAUGUGUGUUGUGUUAUGCAUCACUUAAUUGCAAGAAGAAUUAUUUCAGGUGAGAUGUUAAAAAUGGAACUGUGCUCAUCCUAUAGGCAUUUUUCUCAUAGUACUUUUGAUGACAGUAGGCACUUAUUUCCUGAGUUGAUUUUUAUUUUUUUAAGCCUGAUGAAAAUGUGUUCCUUUGGGAACUUGAUGCAGUUCUUGGUACUGUGUAAAUUUUUUUGUUUGUUUUAACAUCACCAGCACAGUUUUAAGAAUGUGACUAUUGCUGAACAGUUUGGAUAAGCUUAGGAAGGAAGGCCUUUUAAAAUGGUAGUUAUGCAAGCAGAUUUUCAGGUGUUGCAUUCCUGUCUUCAACACAUUUCUUUAAAUCUACAAAAUGGCAGACUUUUCUACCAGAUUAUAAGCAUUUUUCAGAUAACUGAUAAUUAGCCAGCAUAACUUAUUGACUUACCAUUUAAGUACAGUCAUCACUGUUUUACUGUGAAAUUCUAAAUGCCUACCAGACUUACCUUGUAUUAUCAUCCUAUGAUAAACAUCUGGACAGUUUGGGUUUCCCCAUUUUGGUUCAGAAAAUUGUUUAAUUUCUAUCUGGGCAUUAAUAGAGAAAAUAAGUGGCCUUGUGUGCUGCUUUAGAUUUGAAACAUGGAGGAUAUGAGAUAUCCUUUGUAAUUCAUGUUUCUCAUUUCGCUCAGUGAACAAAUUGUUCUAUAAAAACAUGCUCUUUCACCCUUAAAUCCUUGAUCUUUGUGAGCGAGGUGUGCUUUUUUUUCUCUUAGAUUCUACUUUUAUGUUUGAGCAUUGGAAACAUCAUAUUAGAUAAAGUAGUAUCUCUUCAACAUCUUCUAAAAGUAUCUUUUUUAACGUUUAAAAUUUUAUUGCACAUAUAUUUCAUUUGGUUUAGAAUAUUUGGGUGGCUCCUAAAUUUUUUAGAUCUACAUGCAAAUGUGCUACUUGGUAAGGUAGAAAUCCAUCUUCUUAGCUCUGGCUGAAGAUGCCAGCAAUUGGGUCAUUUUCUCUCUUGAGAGGCAGAAAAGGCCUUGUGCUCAGGGCAGGCUUUCAUUUCCACAGAUGCGAGACACUUGCAAAGUGCUAUGAGGUUAGAUCUUUUGCCACUUCUUUCACUUUAUUAAUUUGGGUAUUUAAAGGGCUGUUUAAAAUAAAUAAAUAAGUAAAUGAAUGAAUAAAUAAAUAAAAGCCGGGAAACUUUAAAAGUAGGCAUUAUUGUAGUACUGCGUAUCUUAGAACAUUUUAAACUAGAACUCAUUUUUUCACAGUAUGUAUUUACUUGAAGAAGCACUAUUAUAAUCAAUGAGAAAUUUUUGAGUCUGCAAUUUUAAUUUAAACCUUUUCCGUUUCAAAUUGCUUUAUUUCAGGGAAAUAAUUUUCCAGUUGUUUUGCUAUAUUCUGCAAAUAAAAACCAUAUGUUUCCUUUUUUUCACUUAAACUUUGGUAGGAAACAAACUAAAGCAGACAAACAUUUCUUGUUAUGUUUGUUGCUUUCUUUAAUCCAAAAUGGAUAAAAAAGUAAAACCCUGUAAACAUUAUUUUAUUUUUUUAUGCAAUACCAUGCUGUAAAUACGGUUCAUCAAGUAAGGAUGUACCUAUGAUUGAAUCUUUAAUUCUGCACAGUUAGAGUUUAUAUAUAAAUGUGUCUUGACAAUCAAGGACUUUCAUGUGAGUCUUCCUUUAUGAUGUUUAUUAAUGUUAUGCAUUCCAUUUGUUUUGAAGUGAGUACCAAUGUGCUAAUUUGUAUUGUCUGAAAGUAUGUAAUGUUUUUACAGCUUGUUUUUAAGAAUCUGUAAAUAUGUACAAACAAAUCACAGUACUGCUUUAUGUUAGAAGGCAUAUGAUGUUGUACUGUAUGUAAGCAAUAAUACAUAGCAGUGCUAACUUUACAAGUAGCAUCAGGAAAGUUCUAAAAACAUUUCAGAGUUAUUAUUAUCCUUAUUUCAUUUAAUGAUGAUUAUCUUUAAUCAGUUUUUAUAAGCAAAUUCCAUUGUUCCUCCUUUUGGAACGUAACACUGUUUACACAGCAUAAUUGAAGUUGCAGAGGAGACAGGCUAAAUCUGGCUUCAUCUGUACUCACUUUCACUAAGCAUUGAAUGGCCUUACCACUCUUCUGCAAGAUGGAGGAAGACCGCAAAACUUAGUGCCCAUCACACUGAAGGAAGGGAUGUGUUGUUGUUGUUGUCGUUGUUGUUGUUUUUCCCUGCUUCUGUACUGCUACCUAACUUUGUGAUUUGCUUUGGAUUUUAAUAUUUGUUUCUGAUAUAGAUUCAAGCCCGUAAGUUUUGAGGUGACUUCAGCUCCAUUGUGAAAUAGAUAGUUCUCUUCAUAUUUCAUAGCUACAUUUCAAAUAAUUCUAAACUUUCUACUUUGAUUUUUAGAUACUUAUUUUUCAAGCUUGAUUUCUCAGCUAAUCAGAUGACUUUAUUCAACUUCAAUACAAAGAAAGACAAACUUAUUGUAGUUUGAAGUGAGUCAAUAUAAUACUGUACAGAACAGCUAACUAUUUGAACACACACAUCACUGCUUUAGAAAUAAAACCGCCAAUUUAUAAAUGUAUAUGACCUACAUUUUAUAGGAGAAAUGUUUUUAAAUGCUAGUCAUUUAUAUAAUGUGCUUUGAAGGAUUUGCUAGUCCACUUCUGUCACUUUUUAGUACACUGGUAUCUUUUAUAUGUAAUGUAUGCUUUUUAUUAUUGUAGCAAAGCAUUUCAGUAGAAAGAAUUUUGCAACAAUAUGGGGGAAAUUUUUCAUUGUUGGAUUUGAAUUAUACUGGAUUUUAUCUGUGUAGUCUUACUUGUCUUUAUUUUAAUGCUGUCUGGAAGGGAACUUGGUAUCCAAAUAAAGCAGGUAACCUCAUUUUACUUCAAGGGCAUACUGUGUAGUGCUGAAUUUAAUCUGGAAAUCUGAUGAUUUUGAAAAGAAAACAAGUUUAUAAAAAUUGUACAGAAGAAAUUAAAUGUGUGAUGGAAAUCCUGAUGGUGGAGCAUUUGAAUUUUCUGAUACAUAGUGUUAUUUUCCUGGGAUUCCCUACGCCUUCUUUGUAUAUCAGCUAAUAAAAGAAAAACCCUGUCAUUGAAAUUGGUAGGAUAAUAGGCUAUUCUGAUUAUACAGUAUUAUUUUUCCUAUCCAAUUUUCUGACCCUUUUCUUAAUCACUGUAAAAUUUUAUUUUCUAUUUCCUAUUGAUAAUUAAACAUGUACAUAAUAUAGACGCUGUUGUGUAGAACUGAAUGGAUCUAGUUGCCAAGCUUGAAUGGGUAACUAAGUGGAAAUAUUUGAUGGAUAUUGAGAAUUCAUGAAAUGCCACAGCAAAUUUAAGAGGGAAGGCGGGGGGCAUGGUAUGACUUGGGAAAGUCACAGCAGAUUGUUUCUUCAGCCCCCUAGGAAAUCAGUGUGGAGGAAUCAACUGCAAACUCAGAUCAGAUAAAAUGUGGCUCUUUCCUUAUCCUCCCCCCAAAAUAUGAGCACUAAAUUUCCAAAUCUACUCAGGUGAAAAUCGCUUUGCGAUGAAACUUGCCACAUGGAAAUUUUCACUGUUAAAUAAUAUAUUUGUGAUAUUUUUAAAUACAGACUUUUACAUCAGUAGUCAGCAGCCUGAUGAUUGAAAUUUAGUAAGUCAGUAUAUUUUAAAAUAUAUUUUGUCCUCCAUAUUUAAUUGUUUUUAAACAAUUGGGAGGAUUUUAUGUUUAAAUACAUUUUUAUCAUCAUUGUUUAAAAAAAAAAAGUCUUGGUUGACCCCAUAUGAUUGCCAUGAUUUGCUGAGUCUUUAUAAUACAGUGAAAGCUUGUUUCAUAUGUAGUCAUGGAACGUAGAAAUGUUCUUUAAACUGACUUACUCAUUAAGAGGUUUAAUGAGUUUCACAGCUUUUGACACUGUUGUCAUAUAGUUAGUCUUGCCACUUAAGGAGUUUAUAAUAUUUUAUGUAUUGUGAUACUAAAGGAAGUUGUUUUGCUUUAUUUUAAAUUGAAUUAUUAGACUUACAUUUCAAAUUCUGCAUUUUAAAUGUGGACACUGGCUGUUUGAAAAAUAAAAUAUAGAAUACAGUUUUAUGUCUAAUUUUCUAGCUGAUUUUUCACAGUUUUUUGAACCAAAUAACUAGUGGUAAAUAUGCAAAAACCAUGGUACAUAGUUAAUAUUAAAAAAGGAUGUCUGUGUGGAAUUAACAGUUAACAGAUUGGAUAACAAUUAUCAGGGUCUUUACUGUAGCUGUUUGUGGAAUGUUUUAUUUAUUAGUUGUCAAGUGCAAGAGUCAAAUGUUACUGUCAUUGAAUAUUUUAGACUUGAAAUGUUUAAUGUAGAGCAAACAGCAUAUGUUUUGUUUUUUUCUUUACAGAUAAGAUUCUGUUAAUCACCAUCAGUAGCAUACAUGAGAUUUUUUUCCCCUUUGAUUAGUGUAGAUAAUUUGUUUUCAUUUAUCUACCACUUUUGCCAGUACCUUAUCUCAUGACAGUGGGAUGCAUUGUAAGAAAGCUGUCAGCAGUGAGGAAUGCAGCCUGGGUCCAUGGGACAAAGGUAAAUUAAUUGGCCCUUGCAGAGAAGAGUCCUAUGACCCCGGCUUAUUAGCAUGGUGCUGUAACCAAUUGUACAUAAUAAUACCACUGAUAGUCUACUAAUGCAUUUCUUAGAUCCCAGUUCUUGAAUGAUUCAAGUUGGUGGGGUGAGGGGUGGGAAGAAUACUCUACAUGACACUUCUCCCACCUGAAGAUUAUACGAAAAAUAAAAUAAAAUUGAAGUCA